AGACUUAUUGUUAGUUCAGCACUUCUCAGUGUUUCGGUUUCCACAGUGCUACACACACUGCAUUUGUAAACAUCAAAGUAAAAAAUGUUUUCAUCAAACCGUGGUACAAUUGAAUCUUCAAUACUGCCAACUCAAGAUAUUUGCGAGGUGACAAAUAAGCAACCAAAUAGGAUUGGAGUUCUGCGAACUCCAAAGUGUGCGCGAUGCAGGAACCACGGAGUGAUUUCUGGGCUCAAAGGCCACAAGAGACUAUGCAGGUGGAGAGAAUGCAGGUGCGCGAGUUGCCUUUUGGUUGUUGAGCGCCAACGAGUUAUGGCUGCACAAGUUGCUCUCCGAAGGCAGCAAACUAGUGAAGAAAAUAGCAGUAGACCAGGAGCAAAGUCUGUCGAAGCUCUUUUAGCACAGAAACGAAGCUGCCAGGCCAGACUAAGAUCCCUGCAGAGAUCCUCAAGUUUGGCCAAGGAACUGCUCAUUCAGUCAUCAGCCUCAAACAGCCUUUCACAGCAGGCAUCAUUCUUCCCAAUAUCUCCAGGUCAAAACUUCUUGAGUGACCGAGCGCGGAAGAGACGCGCCUUUGCAGACAGGGAGCUCGAGUCGGUGGUUUCGCCAACCCUUUUUCUUCCGCCUCCAACUCUCCGCCACGAAAUGACCACGGCAAGCUUUUUCACGGCAGCAGCUCUUUUUUGGGCUUCAACAACCUCUGCCCCAGUGACCGCUCCAAUGGUUCGGUCUGCACCCGCAGAAGUCACUAAACCUAAACUUUCCUUCUCUGUGGAAUCAAUAAUUGGCAUAAAAUGAGCUGGACGAAAUAAAAAAGUUUAGCUUAUUUGAAUGUCUUCAUGUUAAAAGUCAAUAUUGUGAGCUGUCUUUUUAAUUGGUUUUGUAAAAAAUGUGAACGCACUUUUGACAAUUCCUUUGUUCUCUUUUGAGUAGAGAUAUUUUACGUCAUUAUCCGAAUAAUUAUCAAAUAUGCACACAGAGAACUCUAAUCUAUUUUUGAUUUAUUCAUUUAGCUGUCAUUAUUAUUUAUAUGUCUCUGUCAGAAUGAGUGUUAGGAGUUGCCUGCUAAAGCGCCUAAAAUUAGAAGAGAUGUGGCAGCUCCGGUUUUGUUUUAUAUGAAUGCGCAUUUUCCCAGCAAAAUAAUAAGUGUAAGGACGCUCCAAAUGUACAAUGUUCCAGAAAGCUACAAAACUCCUACCUGGAUCAAUGCGCGCUUGAUAUAUUAAAUUUAAUAUAACCUAAUCCCUUACCCACCCUUACCUUGAUGUUAAAUGAUUGUUGCUGCAUAUUUUUGUCUUGCGUUAGCCGUCUUUUAUUGCGCUUGCAUAAGCGAAAGCUAUGACUUUGAUUUUCUUUAAUAGUGGUUUUAUAUAUAAAUAAAAUUUAUUGUCACCAGUGUCACCAACACCUUAAUUAUGGUAUUAAAUAUCUCUUCACUAACAUAAUAAAUGAUAUUCAUGGCAUCCAAAUUAUUGCCAAAUGAAAGUUAUGAGAUGAAAAUCGAUAAAAUAUGAUUUUAUUAAUUAAGUAUGAAAUCUUUUGGUAUGAGUGUAAAAGUAUUUUCAUUGAUCUUGCUUUUUCUAAAUAGCUAUAAAAUCUGUACACAUGUUGUAUUUAAAACAAUUUUAUUUCCAUUGUUGGUUUUGUGUAAUUAAUAAUUAAUAAAAAGUCUUAAAAUGU